AUGUUUUUUCUUAAAGAUUUGUCGUUAAACUUGACCCUCCACCCGUCGUAUUUCGGCCCACAGAUGGACCAGUAUUUGCGGGAUAAGUUGCUCAGCGAUGUGGAGGGCACGUGCACGGGUCAAUUUGGGUACAUUGUCUGUGUUUUGGACUGUAUGAAUAUCGACGUGGGCCGGGGCCGAGUAAUUCCUGGAAGCGGGCUGGCCGAAUUCGAGGUCAAGUACCGUGCUGUAGUGUGGAAGCCUUUUAAGGGCGAGGUUGUUGAUGGCGUGGUCACCACGGUCAACAAAAUGGGGUUUUUUGCUGACGUGGGUCCGUUGUCUGUUUUUGUGAGCACGCAUUUGAUUCCCUCUGAUAUGAAAUUCAACCCAUCUGCAAACCCCCCAGCAUACGUCAGUCCCGACGAGACCAUAGAAAAAGGCUCGCGGGUGCGGUUGAAGAUAGUCGGUACGAGAACCGAUGUCAACGAGAUCUACGCCAUUGGAAGUAUAAAAGAGGACUACUUGGGGCCUAGUCCCAUGUAA